GGGAGGAAGGCUGGUGUCCUCAGGCCACACCUGUUACUGGGAUGUUGGGAUCCUUGUGUCCCUGCCAGCCCUCUUCCAAUAAAGCCCCUCCAGGCCUCCAGGGAGAGGAGGAGCCUUGCCAUGUAAACUGUAUUUUUAGUUCCCUGUGCCUCCGGCUGCUAUAAGACACCUCUCCCCACCCCCAGCCCCACGGCUUGGCUGGAGGCUCCAGGAGGACAGCUGGGGAGAAAGGGAGACGUGACUGCACCAUGGGGCUCAGCGACGGGGAAUGGCAGUUGGUGCUGAACAUCUGGGGGAAGGUAGAGGCUGACCUCGCAGGCCAUGGGCAGGAGGUCCUCAUCAGCCUCUUUAAGAACCACCCCGAGACUCUGGAGAAGUUUGACAAGUUCAAGCACCUGAAGUCGGAGGAUGAGAUGAAGGGUUCUGAGGACCUGAAGAAGCAUGGCAACACUGUGCUCACCGCCCUGGGCGGCAUCCUCAAGAAGAAGGGGCAGCACGAGGCAGAGCUGAAGCCGCUGGCCCAGUCACACGCCACCAAGCACAAGAUCCCCGUCAAGUACCUGGAGUUCAUCUCAGAAGCCAUCAUCCAGGUCCUGCAGAGGAAGCAUUCUGGGGACUUCGGCGCCGACGCCCAGGCGGCCAUGAAGAAGGCUCUGGAACUGUUCCGGAACGACAUCGCUGCCAAGUACAAGGAGCUGGGAUUCCAGGGCUAAGUCCCAGCUGGGCGCCCCACCCCAACCCCCACCCCUUCGGGCCCUGGGGCCCCGGGGCAGGUGGGCCGUGAUCCUGUAGCCGUGUAGUUUGCUUCUGAGUGUCUGCUUUGUUUAUGAGACGUGGGCGGGGAGAGGCCGAGGGGCUGGGCUAGGCUGUUCCGGUAGCUUCGCAAGACUGGGGCCUGGGGUCCUCGUGGAGGGGCAUCACCCCAGGAACCAGGAGAUGUGUGGCCCUUUGCUCACUUCAUUUGCCUCUCUCCUCAACUCCAACCCAAUUCCUCCAGCCUCCAAACUCAACCACACCUUCACCUUCACCUCUAAUCCCAAAUCCAAGCCAUAAACCAAGGCCUGGCCAUAAAGAUGCUCUGACCCAUCACCCCCCUCCCCCCCACAACAAAUGUCCAUCUGCAAUGAGAAAGAGGUCUGGGCGGAGGGCGACCGUCCAUCCGGAGAGGGAGGCGGCGGGGGUCUGGAAUGUUAAGUGUGCCUUCUCAGCGAAUGGAGUGACUCACCUGGUUUUAAUAAAAGACC